GAGAGAGGGGGCGAUGAGAGGAAGGUGCAAUAAACACACAGGGCGUCUGCGCCUAUCUAAGUAGGACAAUAAAGUGAAAACGGCAUCAAUGCUCUAACAAUGGAUUUGUCAGACAUGCUUCAUCUUAAAGUUUUCCUUUUUGUGUACUUGCUAAACUACACCCAAGGACACUAUAGAAAUCCCCUGAACAAGUACAUCCGUCACUAUGAAGGCCUGUCCUACGACACAGAGCUUGUGCACAGCAAACAUCAGAGGGCCAAGAGGGCGCUUUCUCAUGAAGACAAGUUCCUUCAUUUAGAUUUUCACGCCCAUGGAAGGCAUUUUAAUUUACGAAUGAAGAGGGAUACCACCUUGUUUUCCCAAGAUUUUAAGGUAGACCUUUCAGGAGAAGAGAUUCCAUUUGAUACCUCUCAUAUCUACACUGGAGAAAUCUAUGGUGAGAAAGGGACACUGACCCAUGGCUCCGUUGUGGAUGGUAAGUUUGAGGGCUUCAUUCAGAGCUACCACGGCACCUACUACGUGGAGCCUGCUGAGAGAUACCUGGGGGCCAAAGACGUGCCCUUCCACUCUGUGAUCUAUCACGAAGACGACAUACACUACCCGCACAAGUACGGCCCAGAGGGAGGCUGCGCUGAUAGCUCAGUGUUUGAAAGGAUGAAGAAGUACCAAGCCUCGGCCAUGGAAGAGCCACCCAAGGAGCUCCACACUGAGGAGAGCUCUAAUGAUCCCGUGCUGCUGAGGAGGAAGAGGAUGGCACAGGUUGAGAAAAACACCUGCCAGCUUUUUAUUCAGACUGACCACCUCUUCUUCAAGUAUUACAAGACCAGAGAGGCUGUCAUUGCUCAGAUCUCCAGUCAUGUUAAGGCCAUCGAUGCCAUCUAUCAGGGCACAGACUUCAUGGGCAUUCGCAACAUCAGCUUCAUGGUGAAAAGAAUCAGGAUAAACACCACCAGCGACGAGAGGGACAGGUCCAACCCAUUCCGCUUUGCCAACAUCGGUGUGGAGAAGUUCCUGGAGCUGAACUCAGAGCAGAACCACGACGACUACUGCUUGGCUUAUGUGUUCACCGACAGAGACUUUGAUGAUGGCGUGUUGGGUUUGGCCUGGGUGGGAGCCCCUUCAGGGAGCUCCGGAGGCAUCUGUGAAAAAAGCAAGCUGUACUCAGACGGAAAAAAGAAGUCUCUCAACACUGGUAUAAUCACUGUACAGAACUAUGCCUCCCACGUACCUCCAAAAGUCUCCCAUAUCACUUUUGCACAUGAAGUAGGACACAACUUUGGCUCCCCGCACGACUCUGGAUCUGAGUGCACCCCAGGAGAAUCCAAGAGCCAAGACAAGAAGGAGAAGGGCAAUUAUAUCAUGUAUGCGAGAGCUACAUCAGGAGACAAGCUGAACAAUAACAAGUUCUCCAUCUGUAGCGUACGCAACAUCAGCCAGGUGCUGGAGAAGAAGAGGAGCAACUGUUUUGUUGAGUCUGGUCAGCCCAUUUGUGGUAACGGCCUGGUGGAGCCAGGAGAGGAGUGUGACUGCGGCUACAGUGAUCAGUGCAGGGACCAGUGCUGCUAUGACGCCAACCAGGCGGACAACAAGAAGUGCAAAUUAAAGCCCAAUAAAGUCUGCAGUCCCAGCCAGGGCCCUUGUUGUACUGCUGAGUGCUCCUACAAGGGUCGUAAUGAAAAGUGCAGAGAGGAGUCAGAGUGCGCUCACCAGGGCAUGUGUAACGGAGUCAGUGCCCAGUGCCCCACAUCUGAGCCCAAGGCCAACUUCACCGCCUGCCACGGAGAGACUCAAGUCUGCCUCAACGGGGGCUGCUCCGGCUCCAUCUGUGAGAAGUAUGGGCUCGAGGCGUGCACCUGUGCCAGCCAAGAUGGCAAGGAUGAGACUGAGCUUUGCCACGUGUGCUGCAUGGAGAAGAUGAAUCCCAACACGUGCAGCAGCACAGGAUCAGAGCGUUUGGCUCGCUUCUUCAAUAAGAAAGUGACCACGCUGCCAGCCGGCUCGCCAUGCAAUGACUUCAAGGGCUACUGCGACGUGUUCAUGAAGUGCCGUCUGGUGGAUGCAGAUGGACCGCUCGCCAGGCUGAAGAAGGCCAUCUUCAAUCCAGAGCUCUAUGAAAACAUUGCAGAGUGGAUUGUGGCGCAUUGGUGGGCGGUGCUAUUGAUGGGUAUUGCUCUCAUCAUGCUCAUGGCUGGCUUCAUUAAGAUUUGCAGUGUGCAUACACCAAGCAGUAACCCCAAACUACCCCCUCCAAAACCACUUCCGGGCACUUUGAAGAGGCGGCGAGCGCAGCAGCAUGCUAACUCCCAGGUGCAGCACCAGUCCCAGCACCCGCACUCCCACCAGCACGGACACGGCGGGCACGGCGGCCAGCGGCAACCCCAGAGGCAGCCUCAGCGGCAGGCGCAGCCCCAGAGGCACCACCGUCAGCCCAGAGAGAACUAUCAGAUGGGCCAGAUGAGACGCUGAGACCCUGCAUCCCGCCCCCCUCCCCCCAAUGCCUUGGCUCCUCCUUGUGCCUACAGUGGGAAACAAAAGCGUCACUCCAUCCAAAGAAAAGCCUGACAUGGUUGUUAGUCAUCAUCAUAUCCUCCAUUUACAGACAAAACAGACACGUGAAAAAGAGAAAACACUAUCUAGCAACUCGAUUGGCUCUUUGUGGAGUGGACUCGACCAUCAGCCAUUUCCAAUGCAGUGCGAUCUAGCAUCUUUUUCCACCAUUUUUUUUUUCUUUUCAAAGGAGUGCCAAGGAGUUAAGGAAUCAUGUGUAGCUUUAGUACAUUCUGUGAUGUGUUUUUUCGUUUAAUUGCAACGUCUUCUUGAGUGACACGCCCGUGGCUGCUGGUGAAUUGUUCCGUGAUUUUUUUUUUAAAUUUUUUUUUUCCUUUCGCCAUCCUAGCCAGGAAUGAGAGACACUCAGUGGGGAUUUGCGGCACUUUUGUGAUUUACACAUGUCAAACGGCAAAAGACACAGGCUCCGGUCUCUCGUGCAGACAGUCUUCUGCAUGUGACUGUACAUAUUUAGUGUAUCAUAAGUGAAAACAAACUAUUUCUUCUACUGUAAAUGUGUAAUUCUUCACUUUUUUUCUUUUAUUUUUUCGGUUAGUGCUCUCAGGACUCUUUAACACAUAAUUGAAGGAAUGAUGGUUGUGAGGAGUUCCUUGGACGCUGCUGUGGAGGAUUUGGCGCCAUCAGGUUCUCUUCGUAGUCGUCCAAUCAGGUGGAUCUCUUUCACUUUCGUUAGAUUGCUAGAUUUGAACAAGGUCACCAUAUCCCACUUUUCAGGCCUUCUUUGUUCAAGGUCCCUUUUUUUUCAUCUUUUUUGUUUUUAUUGUCUUGCUAACGUCAUGUUUUGCUCAUGUUGUGUAACAAGCUCGAAGAGGUAAAGAGUCAUGGGAACAGAAAGGGAAGAUCACCUAGUUUGGUACACCUUUUAUCCUCUUUGCCGAUUUGUUUUUUUGAUAAUGAAGAAUGAAUAACCACUAACUGAAGCUGAAGCUGAUUCUACCUGUUCACAUAUGAAGACGAGGGAAAGUGAAGGCUGCUGUGGCUUAGUUUAGAAGUGAGAGUGUAUCAUGUUACAAAGUUAGUUUACAUGAGUGUGGAAAUAAAUUUAAAAACGACUCCAGUGUGGAUGUACAAAAAAAAAAAAAAAAAAAAAAAAAUUGUAAGAUUAAAUCAUUCUAUUAUUCUUCAGAUAGCGAAUCUAAGAA